AGUGUAGUGAUGAAAAACACUUCAUAAUAUAUUAGUCAUGCUUUCUCUCAAAAAUGACCCGUUAUGCUGCUGCCGCUGCCAUGGAGGCUCUCUGUUUGGUUCAGACAUGGGCAGCCAGAGCUUACACGUGCCGCCUCUCAAUGGAACCUAUUCCGCGGCAUAUGGAUACGGAUGAUAUGCGCACGCCUGGAAAUCAGUUACGCUUCGGCAGUACCCUCCCAUGACGCCCGGCGCCUCGAUGGCCGUCCACCGAGUUCGCCUCUGGUGGUGGAGGCGAGGCGGCCGAGACCGCGCGAUCGUCGCGCUGGGCUUCACUGCCCUCCUCCUCGCCCUCUUCGUCACCCUCGCCUCCUGGCUCCGCGUGAGUGCCCUCGCCGCCGCAACUCAACCGCCCGCUGCCUCCACCGACCCCGCCCUCGUCCAUCUCACCCUCGUGCGUAACGCCAAGAAAAAAGGCGCCGUGUGUUUAGAUGGAAGUCCUCCUGGGUAUCACCUGCAGAGGGGUUUCGGUUCCGGCAAGGACAGUUGGCUUAUCCUCUUAGAGGUACUCGUUUCUUGCAAUUUUCCCUAUAAAGAUAGAUUCUUUGGCAAAUUAUGUAGACUGCCGUAGGGCAGUGGGUUUAGUUUCAAUUCCCAAUCCAACGUAUGAAGAAUCAGAAGCUUAAGCCGAAUCUGCAGCAAUUGGAGAAUCAGCUGACCAUUUUAAGCCUAAGAUUCCCCUGAGAAUGGAUCUCUCAUUUGGGCAAAACGGCUGUGAAAUCCCUUUGAUCAAUUACUACCAUCCAUUGGCUUCUUUCACCGUACUGCCUUUGUUUUGAUUCUUGUUUUCUUGUGUUCUUAUGGCAGUUUGAAAGAAAUUCUUCUUUUUUUUUUUGGAAAGUUGAAAGAAAUUCUUGAAAAUACAAAAUAAUCAAGAUUUGUACUGAAUUAAUGAUUUGAUCUUGUAAUAUUGUGAUGUCCUUCUAUGUUGUGAUUUUUCGUCUAUACUUCUGAUCCUAAUAGCUUUCCUCGCUCCAUAUCACAUCAAACUAAAGUUCUCAUCCAAGGUAUGCAAGACAGGGAAGCCUGGCGCUUGUCUUAAUUUUUGCUAAUCAACAUGUGUUGGUGGUGGACGUAUGUGUCACUUGGUUUAGGUUUUAGACUGUUGAUUUGGUAGAGCUUUUUGUGAUUCUGUUUUUGCUCAUCUGGUCACUUUUCUUAAGCUGCAGGGCGG